CCAAAAGUCAUCUUGAACAGAUUCUGUGUUAAUGAUCUACCACUAAACUAUAAACACAUUUGUCAAAGCCCCUAUGAUUUAUCUAAGGUCAUUAAGUGCGUCUGAAGCAAAAACUAGUUGGGCAACUUGAAACCCUCCCCCUGUUUUUGACCGUGUGCAGCGUCACAAGAGGCUUAGUCACGAUUUCAUACAAUGACGAGGAACAGCUUUUGUGCCUGCUUAGUAAUUUUGUUGCUGGGCUUCUACGAAAAGGCUCACAGUGGCAAUGUACUGGUGAUUCCUGGUGAAUGGUACAGUCACUGGCACCACAUGCGCAUAAUUGUUGAGGAGCUCAUGGACCGGAACCACAGCGUGACUGUUCUCAUACGCGCUGCCUCACCUACGAUGGAACACGCCCAAAAGGAGCGCUUCAAAUUCAUGUCUUUUGAAAUCAACAUGGAGCAACAGGAGAUAGACAACAUGUGGAAGAACUUUAUCGGUGCAGGGAUGCAUCAAAGUACUAUCAGCUUUCAAAAGUUGACCUUGGUUUGGAACCUGUUAUCUGGGAUGUCUAAUUAUUUUCAGGCUGUGUGCAAUGAACUGGCUGGUAACAGAGAACUUGUGACUUCACUGAAAGAGCUGCAUUUCGAUGUGCUACUGUAUGACCCCGUGAUGCCAUGUGCUGGCUUGAUGGUGGACGUUCUUGAGCUGCCCAGCGUGAUGUCCCUCCGGAACAGUUUUGCUAGUUCUUUUGAGCGGCUCUGUGGGCAGAUGCCUGCUCCACCAUCUUAUGUACCUGCAACAGCUUCUCAGGGGCAUCUCACUGAUCAAAUGGACUUUACAGAGCGUUUAGAGAACAUGCUACUAUACAUAGGACACACAGCAAUGUUCACACUUCCCGAAAUGUUCAACAUUCAUAAACAAUUCAUUUCAGUACAUUUAACUGGCAAACCCGUAACACUAUGUGAUAUGAUUGGCAAAGCUGACAUCUGGUUAAUCCGAACUUAUUGGGACUUUGAUUAUCCACGGCCCCUCCUCCCGAACUUCAAAUUUGUGGGUGGCUUUCACUGCAAGCCUGCAAAACCUCUACCAAAAGAGAUGGAGGACUUUGUCCAGAGCUCAGGAGAUGACGGUAUUGUAGUGUUUUCACUGGGCUCCAUUAUAAAAAACCUUACCAAAGAGAGAGCAAACACCAUCGCUUCAGCGCUCGGCCAGAUUCCCCAAAAGGUCGUUUGGGGAUACAAAGGCGAGAAGCCAGAAACUCUUGCUCCUAAUACAAGAAUCUAUGAGUGGAUUCCCCAGAAUGAUUUACUAGGACAUCCUAAAACCAAGGCCUUCAUCGCCCAUGGUGGGACCAAUGGAAUAUAUGAAGCUAUUUAUCAUGGAGUUCCCAUGGUGGGCGUGCCACUGAUUGCUGAUCAGCCAGAUAAUAUCAAUCAUAUGAAAACCAAAGGGGCUGCUGUUAUGCUUGACUUUAACAAAAUGGAGGCCAAGGACUUGAAGCAGGCUAUCAGUGAUGUCAUUAACAAUCCAUCAUACAAGGAGAGUAUGAUGAGGCUAUCCCGAAUCCACCAUGAUCAACCAAUGAAGCCACUAGACCAGGCCGUCUACUGGAUCGAGUUCGUAAUGCGCAAUAAGGGGGCCAAGCACCUGAGGGUGGAAGCCCAUAACCUCACGUGGUAUCAGUACCACUGCUUGGACGUGGCCGCCUUUUUGCUUUCUGUAAUUGCACUAGUCGUGUUCAUCUUUGUGAAAACAUGCAGUUGGCUCUUCCGUAAAUGUUUCAGAAAGACCCCAGCGAAGAGCAAGAAAGAGUGAAGCAUGUGUAUAUGAAUGUAUUAAUAAUUACUGUGAUAUUUUGACAGAAAUUUUAGGCAUAAAACACUCUGUGUUAAAUGUACAUUGUACAGUCCAUAGGUUUUCCUGUUUAUACAGUAUAGUAUGUCCAGGUUUACUUUUAACUGAUUCCAACACUAGUUGGAAUCAGUUAAAGAUUAUAGAGAAGUUAUAGAGUUAUAGAGUUAUAGAGAACAAAGCAAUUAAACAGAGAUUUCUAUCUCUAUCAUUUAUAGUGUGGUUUUGUUCUGUAAAUAAAGAUUAAAAUAAAAAUCAAAUUACUAAUUGUCUUUUCAUCACCCCAACUGCCCCCACUUGAUAACUUCUUCUCCUUCCUUGAUUUCUUUGUUCCAACCUUUUCUCUUAAUCCCAGUUGCAUCCCCUUAUACCCAAGCCUUCCUUCACACAUCCCAAACCUGCCCUCUUAAUCCCAACCUUCAUCUUCUUAACCCCAAUUCAUCCCAACACUCUUCCUCACACAUUAUAUGUCUUCCUUAAACUUUCCAGGCACCCUCCCCUGUUCAUCCCAAGGCUUCCCUUGUUUAUCCCUAUCCUUUUCUAAUCUGCCUCUCUGACAGCUCCAUUGCUCUCUGCACAGAGAACCCAGAGGAAACCCCCACAGAUACAGUAAGCCUAUGCAGAGAAACACUGUGAAGACAAUAACUCAGGAUCAGACUGUGAACACUGGAGCUGUGAGGUAGCAACAUAUCCACUGCACCACCGCGCCUGCACCACCAACUGUUUUCUGAAUACUGCCUUUUCAAAACAUAUUAUGGACUGAAUACAGAUAUUCAAUUUUGUAUUCUGAAGAUGUAUUUCGUUACAGCCUAAAUCUGCUCCUAUAAUCCUGACCAUAUGAUGCACAGUGUUAACUUCCUGGUUGGUGCACUUGCAAAACUCUGCCUGAUGCCUCUCCAGGUCAGUUUUGUGUGUCUUUGUGGUCAGAUACAUGCUCUGCUGUUGGAAAUAACGCUCAAAGUUUUGUUCCUACAUGAUGGAUGUGGAAGUGUUGCAGGUUUUCUGCUCUGGCUUGUUCCAUGUGUAAGCUAGAAGGCUGAUCACAUGUUCUUUGUGUGUUUGCAUGGGUUUCCUCCAGGUUCUACAGUUUCCUUCCACUAAAAACACACAUAUAGGCAGACUUGCUAUGCUAAAUUGCCCCUAGCUAUGAAUGAGUGUGUCAAUGUAUAUCUGUGCAUGGAAUAACUGGCAUCCCAUCCAGGUGAAAGCUUCUGCCUUGCACCCAGGGUUGCCAGGAUAGGGUUCUGGCCAAAAGUGACCCUGAACAUUACCUUGAACAUGAUUUUUUGAAAAUACUGACACAUUUUGAUAGAAAUAUUGAAGUGAUCUUAUUAUCUCUUAUAACACCUUUCCAACAGUCAUCUUGAACAGGUUCUGUGUUAAUGAUCUACUACAAAAAUAUAAAAUGACAUUUAUCUAAGGUCAUUAACGUGUCUGAAGCAAACACUAGUUGGGCAACUUGAAACCUUCCCCCUAUUUUUGACCGUGUCCAGGGUCACAAGAGGCUUAGCCACCAUUUUAUUUGAUACAAUGAUGACAAAUGGAGCGUGAGACUGUCCAUGUUAUGGGCUCAAGGAAGUCAACUUCAAAACAGAAACAGUCCAGAAUCUCAAUAACACCCUGGUUCAAUAUCGACUCGAGGUCACUGAGUCUCACCACUGUGGUCAAUGGUGUGUGGUAAAUUAUCCUGGCAUAAUUUUAGAGGUUGAAGAACACAACAGUAGAGUGAAGUGCAUGCACAGGAAUGGUAUCAACAAGUUUUACUGGCCAUAUCCAAGAGAAGGCAUCAACUGGUAUGAUGAUAGCCAGAUUGUUUGCUUUAUACCAGCACCCCUUUCAGUUAACAGGAGGUCAGCUCAGAUUGAUUAAAAUAUCUGGAAGUAUUUGGAAGCUCAUCUUAACAUGUAAGAGACUGCUGUAGAAAACAAAGCAAAAUAGUAGGAGUUGCUAAUGUGUUUUAAAUGAAUAUUUCCAUGAGUUCAUUCAUGUUUCCAAAAGCUGUUUUAAAUAGUUUGUUAUUAAAAAAAUGUUUUAAAUAUGUUUGUAGGAAUUUAUCCAGCCCUCGGCUUGCUAUUAAAUGUUGGUGUUAUAAAAAAUAUUGAUUGUGAGAAAUAUUGAAUAAACUGCUGGCAUUUGAUGAUAA